AUGUUACACUAUGCCUGUGCACAUGGCCAUCUUGUGGUAGCUUCCCUCCUAAUAGGGUGGAAUUCUGACAUUGAUCUCCGUGACAGUGACAACUGCACAGCACUAAUUAAGGUAGACAUCACCCAACAGUUUCAGUGUGACAUGGAUUUGAUGGGAAUUCUGGGAAUAAAAAUGAUCUCAGCUAAAUGCAAAUGGUUAGUGAAAUCCGCUACACAGUAUGGGCAUGAAGGAUGUGCACUCAUUUUACUAGAUCAUGGUGCUGAUCCAAAUGCCAAGGACAACCAUGGGAACACGGCUUUGCACUAUGCUGUUUGGCAAAACAAAACUUCAAUGGUAAACAUACUGCUGGAACACCAUGCUGACAUCUGUAUAAGGAAUGAGGAUAAUUUUACACCAUAUACUCUGGCUCGAUUAAGAAACAACGAAAGCCUGGCAAAGUUUUUAGUAGACAGGAGGGACCAGAUACCGAAAGCUGAUGAACUGAAGAGACUGAAACUUGGCAACCUGAAGAUAAAAGUACAACCAGAACGCCCAACAGAAGAUUCAGAACAGCCUCAGGUGAUGUUGGACAGUACAAGUUUGGUCACUGAAGAAGCUGAUAAGCAGAAAGUUAUCGGGUUGCGAUCAGCAGAAAACCUGAAUGACAGUUGGUUGCAUUCAUCAGAAGACCAGUUUCAAAGUGUGGUUCAUGCUUCAGAAAAUGAAAAUCACAGUGCAAUUUGUGUAUCAGAAAACCUGAAUCCUAAUUUGGCAAACACAUCAGCAAAUAAGAGUCAAACUGAGGUGCCUGAAAACCUGAUGAACAGUGUGGUUCAUGAAGCAGAAAAACCGAAUCAGAGUGCUGCAGCCCUAGGUCUACAAAAACAGGAUGGACAAACUGAAGAGCAACCUGUUCCUGUUGAGGAGAAUCAAGAAGAUGAUGGACUCACAGCAGAAAAGUUAAAAGCUGAAAUUAUGCUCCAAAAAAAGAAGAAUGAACAGCUUUCAAGAGUCCCUUCUGAGAAGCUUAUAGAAGAACAGGUUAAGUUGAACCAGUCACUGACACAGAGUUUGGCUGAAACAAAAAGGCAUAACCGUGAACUUAAAAAGGAAAUACAUAAUAGGCUUAAGAAUUGGCGCACAAUGAUGGAUAAGGACUCAGAUGCACAUAAAAAUAGAGACUUUUCCCAUAAGUUUUCAAGUACAACUCACCGUGAAGAGGAUAUGACAAUAUUGGUUGUUUUCACUCAGCUUGCAACUCUUGAAACAAAAAUAGGACAAGAAGAAUUCCAAAGGCAAUGCCUGGAAAAUGAAAAUAAUCUUCUGCAGCAGAAAUUAAAAGAUGGAAAAUAUCAGCAGAAGAAAUGUGAAAUUGUAGAGGGUAGAAUAAAGCAGCUUGAAGAGAAAAUCCUCAGCCUGAAGACCCAUAUGGACAAUAACAUAGUAGAGCGUAGUGAGGUGGAAAAGCUUAAGAAAGCCAUUGAAGAGCAACAUAGAAGUCAACUACUGGAAAAAAUAAACCAAGUCAAUCAAUUCUUACAGGAAGAUGCUGCCUCUAACCAACAGACAGAGCAGGAAAAACAAAAUUAUAUACUUUUACUGGAGGAUGAACUUAAGAAUAUUGAAUCAGAGUUGGUGGAAAUCACUGAAGAAGCUGAUAAGCAGAAGGUCAUCAGAUUGCAAUCAGCAGAAAACCUGAAUAACAGUUGGGUGCAUGCAUCAGAAGACCAGGUUCAAAGUGUGGUUCAUGCUUCAGAAAAUGGAAAUCACAGUGCAAUUCAUGUACCAGAAAACCUGAAUCUCAGUUCGGCGUACACAUCAGAAAAUGAGAGUCAAACUGAGGAGCCUGCAGCUCACAACCUGAUGAACAGUGUGGUGCAUUAA